AGGAAGUGAAGCAGUCAUGGCGACCCCUGUCGCGUUACUCUCAGAAUCUGUGCUCGGAUGGUCUAUUUUCACCAUUGUUUUACUGGUCAUCGUGGCCUUCUGCUGGAUUUAUAUUCGGAAAUAUCAGAGCCGGCAGGAGAGUGAGGUAAUCUCCACCAUCACUGCGAUAUGCGCUCUGGCCAUUGCGCUCAUCACGUCGGCUCUUCUUCCUGUUGAUAUCUUCCUAGUGUCCUUCAUGAAAUACCCCAAUGGCACUUACAAGGAAUGGGCGGCAAGCAAUGAGACCAGGCAGCAGAUCGAAGACACAGUUUUGUACGGCUACUACACUCUGUAUUCCAUCAUUGUGUUCUGCGUCUUCCUCUGGAUCCCCUUUGUGUAUUUCUACUAUGAGGAGAAAGAUGAAGACAACAGCAACAAGUGCUUGAUAUUUACUGAGAAUGUGAGCAUACUGUAUUCUCAGUUGCUUUUAAAGCUUGCGGCGAUACAUCACAUGAGCUGUAUACAAGGAUCUCUACAUGAUAGUUCACAGACAUUUGUUCCGUUGGAAUCUCCGCCCAACCAGAACUCCACUCAGUGGGAGAAGGUGCAGUAUCUGUUCGAGGAGCUGGGCAGCAGCCAUGGCCUGGCCGCCCUGUCGUUCUCCAUCAGCUCGCUCACCUUGAUUGGCAUGCUGGCAGUGAUCACAUACACGGCGUACGGGAUGUCCGUCCUGCCACUGAACCUGAUUAAAGGCACGCGCAGCAUCCUGUACGAGCGGCUGGAGAACACUGAAGAUAUGGAGGAGGUGGAGCACCAGAUAGACAAGCUCAAAGCCAAGUGUGCUGAUGGGCGUCCUCUCUCUAUGAGAGACCAGAGGAACCUCCAGGAUCUUGACGCUAAACUACAGGUGUUGCAUCGGCGGGGCCGUCACCUGGAGAUCGCAGAGAGGACCUGCUGCAAUAAAGUGGGCUCUGCUCUCCGUCCUAUGAAGAUCUUGCUCGGGGUCUUCUUCAUCCUGGUGGCCCUUUUGUUCUUCAUCACCUUGUUUAUUUCCAAUCUGGAUAAGGCUUUACAUUCAGCUGGUAUCAGCACUGGAUUUAUCAUCUUUGGGACCAAACUAAUCAACCCUCUUAAUGAGCUACUGCUGGCACUGCAACCGGUUUUCCCACUGGACUAUGUUCUUAUCACCAUCAUCACCAUGUACUUUGUCUUCACUUCCAUGGCUGGGAUCCGUAACAUGGGGAUUUGGUUCUUCUGGAUACGGCUGUAUAAAAUCAGGCCUCAGAGAACCCGACCGCAGGCCCUCCUCUUCCUCUGCAUGAUCCUCCUCCUCAUCGUUCUCCACACCAGCUACAUGAUCUACAGUCUGGCCCCGCAAUACGUCAUGUACGGCAGCCAGAAAUACCUGCUGCAGACCCCGCUGCCCACAGCAGACCCAUCACAAGGCAAUUACUCCACUGCCAUCACUAAGAUAUGUGACGCAGACGCUCCUGAAGACCAGUGCACAGUUACAAGAUCGUACCUGUUCCUGCACAAAUUUUGGUUCUUCAGCACCAUCUACUAUUUUGGCAACUGGGCUUUCCUUGUGGUCUUUCUUAUUGGUUUGGUUGUUUCAUGCUGUAAAGGGAAGAAAUCUGUGAUCGAAGGGGAAGUUGAUGCAGACGAUUCAGAUGUCAGUGAUGAUGAAUAUGUGCAUUAACUUACUGAAAGUCCUGUUUUUACUUGGAUUCGUUACUAGUCAGAGCUGGAAUGAAAAAAAAUAAUUGUAAAAUAGUUUUCCACAUCUUUCAUUCAUUGUUCAGAGAGAGAAAUAUUGACGUUCUUUAAGACUUGAUUGAAUGUGUUAUGAUGCCAAAUAGAUUUUGUGACGCUAGAGGCAUUGUCAUGUUUAACUGAUAGUAGUAGUCUGAUAUGCUAACCCGUCUUUACUACUGACCCUUACUACUAACUAAGGGUAUAUAUGCAUGUCAUUUUGCAUUGCUGUCUAAAAUAAUUCAACAAAAGUUUUUCUCUCUAAACAAGACCAAAUUUAGUUUGAAAUAAGUUAAAACGGUACAAAUCCUUAUGCUGAUUUAUUUAUUAUUUAAGUGUUUUUUUAAAAGCUGUGCAUAUCCGCAGUUUUUUUUUUUUUUUGCUAGGCAUAAUGCUGCAGUGUUUCUGAUGUUUGCUUUCUUUAAUGUUACUUUAAUCCCUGAGAUUGAAUUACUGUCAUGAUGGUCGUGGACACACUUUAUUUCACAUAGAUUUUUACUUUGGAAUUAUUGGAUUGUACUUGCAAGAGAAAGUUCUAGAGAACUGAUGCAAGAUUAAACAUUCUGUAAAAAUUCAUUUAUCAUACAGUAUUGGUAUGUUUUGUGGUUUUCUGAAAUUAAAGGGGUCACAUGAUGCGAUUUCAAGUUUUCCUU